ACACAACACAACACAACUCAAAGUCAUCUUCUUUAAAAACCCCCCACAAGAAGUCCAUGACAUGAAGAAGAAGAAGAAGAAGAAGAAGAAGGAGAAGGAGGAGGAGAGUAGAAGUUAGAGAUAUAGAGAAAAAGAGGGGAAGUAAUGGAAGGGUUGGGAGUGGUAUUGGAAGGGAAGGGGAUGACAAAAGGAGGUCAAAUACUAAACAAGGUGAUAAACAUGAAGAAGUACACAAAAAUGUUAACAAGUAGUAGUGAUAAUAUUGAACAUGAAGCCUCCUCCUCCAUCAACAUCAACAUGACCUCUUUCCUUCAAUCUUGCUUUCUCUGCCACCGUCCUCUUUCUCAUUCCAAAGACAUUUAUAUGUACAGGGGUGACAGGGCAUUCUGCAGUGAGGAAUGCAGAUGCAUGCAAAUAAGAAUGGAUGAGGAGAUGGCUCUGGCAUUGGCUUCCGGUGGCGCCGCCGCCGGCCGGCUAGGAAAGAAGGCCUGUGGUUUUGUUAAACAUUAACAAAGAGAAAGAGGACAAGAGGGAAUAUGGCCCAUGGUUUUGAAAGGGAAGACAGUACUGCUGCUGGUUUUCAUGCUUAGUGUUUUUUGACCAAAAUAACCUUGAAAUAAUAAAUGCCAAUGGAUAUGUGAACGGUAAUAUUAGGGUGUUUUGGUCCUUUUAUCUUGUUAUCAUUUGUUCUCAUUAUUGGCUUAUUUAAUGCUUCCGCUUCGAAUAGAUCAACAAGUAUUGGACAAGUACAUGGAUAUGAAGCAUCUUUUCUUUUCUUUUCUUUUUUUUCUCUUUUUUUUUAAUUUCC